AACAAAGCGCGUUCCAGAAAGAUGAUUCGUUGUAUAAGGUUUUGUGUAAGUUGUUAGAUGGAAAUUUGGAUUCUGCAUUGAUAUCUCACACUCAAAAGUUUGGUUUGGCCUGUAUCAUCCGAAGGCUGAUGUUCGUCGUGCUACACUGCUUGAUUUAGAUUAUUCUGUUAUUCCGGAAACCAAGGAUGGUUCAAAGAAUCUUAUAAACGUUCAAGAGGCCAUAUUAAGACUGCUAGAUGAUACAGAACUAACAGUUGUUCAAGCAGCUUUACGUGUUGAUGGCUUGUCAAAUGUAAUAGAUUCUUCUAAGCUUCUUGAUGCACUACUGAAUGUGCUAAGAAGAUGCAUGGACAAACUGCUUUCAGGUUCUGCUGAUAGCGAUAGUCUAAAUGGUGAAGUUGCAGUCACUUGUUUAAAGAAAGCUAUCUCUUACUUCGGUGAUCAUACCGGUUACUUGAAAAACAUUGCUGCUAUGAUUUUUCCAUUACUCAUUGUUCUAACCCAGACACAGAGCUUGAAUGUAAAAGCUUUGGGACUAGUCAACAAAAUAAACUGGCCACUUUAUAAGAAUAUUUUCAUGGCUUCAUCGGGAGAAGUGGCAUUGAUACCUGGAAGUUUAUCUUCAAUUAACUUGAAGAUUGUCAAUAAAAUGGCUGAAAAUUUCUUGGUCCAUCCUGAAGACCAUGUUAAUUGGUUUGUGGAAUGCUGCAGUGAUUUGGAGUUGUCAAAGACACUCUUCUUUUUUGUUCUCUUGCAGUCUCUUUGUAUAAAACCAAAAGACGAAGAAGACAUUUAUGCACUAUUUGAAUGUCUAUUUCCUUUUCUAAAGGCUGAGUGGGAAACUUCAGUAGGGGCUGAUGUCGUAUUGGAUGAGUUCAAUUCUGAAAUGCUAGAGUGGCAGUGCAAGGAUUUCUUAAAAGAUCUUUUGUAUGCCAAUCUAAGGCCUAUAAACGUGAAGGUUAUGAUUUGCAUAUUUUGGAGGCUGUUAGAACUACUACUAUCUGUAGCACCUUCUGACAUUCUGCUGCGUGAUGGUGAUAAGUGGGUCAGCAAGAUAAGGAAUCUGUUUGUUUUUUUUGCCUCCUCAAAAUUGAAGCAUGCAUUCCGUAAACACCUCCAUCACUUAGCAGUGCAGUGCAGAAUAUCACCUUCUUGUCUCUUGUCUAAGUUUUUCACAGAGGAAGGUGUUUCUGCUGCAGUCCAGGUUGAAAGUCUUCAAUGCUAUGCAUUUCUGUGUAGCCUGGAACCAGAUAGAUGGAAACUUGGACUUUUAGCUGAAUUCCCGUCUGUUCUUGUUCCUUUAGCGAGUGAUACUCAGAAUAUAAGGGUUGCUGCCAUGGACUGUAUUGAUUCAUUGUAUACAUUGUGGUGUCAUUUUGAGCAUGCUGGCAAGAAAAAUGGGAACAAUGCCUCAUGGUUUCAUUUCGUGGGUGAGCUUCUCUCCCUGAUGAGUCAGCUGAAAACAUUCAUAUUGUCCGACAAGAAAUUUCUUCCUUCACUAUUUGCAUCCACUUUGAGCUCAUCCUUUACAAACAACUUGGAGCAUCAAAACAUUUUGGUACCUCAAAAUGUUGAAAAAAGGUUUGAUCAGCCUACGAAAAUAAGAAUUAUAGCCUUCAUUUUGGGUUCCACGCUGAAACUCUCUAACUAUGGAAAGCUAAUGAUUUUAUCCUUGUUCAAAGGAAUUGGGAAUGCCCUUAUGCAUGUUCCAGAAGUUGGCUCUUUGUUGUUCACUUUUCUUAUGCAAUACUAUGAAAAACUCAGUCUGUCGUGUCCAAAAUUGUCAGACAAUGAAAUUCAGAUAACGUGCCUUUUGCUGGAGAGCUGUGUUAUGUCAUCUCCCUCUGGUGGAAAUGAUCUACAAGAUCUUUUAGUGAAAGCAUUGCGGUUUGGGGGCCUGAAUUCGGAUGACCCUGCCUGUGUAAAGCCUUGUAUCGCUGUUUUGAACAAACUCAACAGUAAAUUCUAUGUGGACUUGAAGAAUGAAGUGAAGGAGCAUUUGUUUUGUGAGCUUGUGUUUCUGUGGCGUAAUGGUAAUGGUGAUGUACAACGUGCAACUAAAGAGGCAUUAAUGCGUAUAGAUAUUAGUUUCUCAACUGUUGGCUACAUGCUUGAUCUCAUACUUGCACUGAAGAGUUUUAUAGUUAGUUCUUCAAAUGAAAAGGCGGUGAAGAAACAAAAAUUGGUUGGACACCAAGAUGCUGAAGAUCCUUCUAAUAACAUAUGGAGAAGAGAUAAUCCAGUCUAUAUCCUUAGUUCCCUUCUUGAUGUUUUGCUAUUGAAGAAGGACAUAACAAAUAGGCAUUUACUGUUAGGAUCCUUAUUUAAGCUUCUUAGCAAGGUAUUUUCAGAGGAAUGCGUGAACGAGUCCUUUAUACCUGUGCAAAGGUUAAGCCAAAAAUCAAGUUCUUCUGAAGCCAACAAUAGCACAAUAUAUCAUAUUCAACAGACUCUAUUGAUAAUCCUGGAGGAUAUAAUUAUUUCUCUUAAAAGCAUUGCCUCACUGAAUGAAAAUAUUAAAAGUGAAAUUAACAUUAAGCUACUGAUAGGGUGUGCCCAGAACUCUGAAGUUAUCACCCGCAACCAUAUAUUUUCUGUUCUUUCUGCUAUUACUAGAGUUUAUCCAGAAGAAGUUUUUGAGUAUAUGCUCGAUAUUCUUGUAGUUAUUGGAGAUGCAGCCGUCACACAGAUUGAUGACCAUUCAAGGAUUGUUUUUGAGGAUCUUAUAUCUGCAAUUGUUCCUUAUUGGCUUUCUAAGACAGAUGAUGUGGAGAAACUACUGAAGAUUUUCAUGGAAAUAUUUCCUGAAAUUGUUGAACACAGAAGGCUGUCAUUUGUGCUAUAUUUAUUAAGAACUUUGGGUGAGGAGAAAAGCUUAUCGUCAUUGCUUAUCCUACUUUUCCGUUCGCUAAUUUCAAAGAAAACCAGUUGUUUUCUUAAUGCUGAGACAGCAGAUGAUUUAACAUUUUAUACUAAGGAGUGGGAAUAUAGAUUUGCAGUGCAAAUUUGUGAACAGUUUACGAGUAAGAUUUGGCUUCCUUCUCUAGUCAUGCUGAUUGAACAGAGGGUGAAUAGAGAUGUUGACCAGACACAGCUCCUGGAGUUGUUUAUUGUGAUGCAAUUUUCUUUGCAAAAGUUGCAAGAUCCAGAAUUUGUGUUUAAGUUGGAAUCAAGAGAAGAUGCCGCUGUCAUUCAGGUUAAAUCCAAAUCAGAUGCAUGCUGCUAG